AUUAUACGAUCGGUUGAAUUGAUUGAUGUUGAGUCGUUCUUGUCAAAGCGAAAGGAUACGCUGUUCAGAGUGACUCUAUUUGGCUAGCUCUGGCCGGGCGAAGUCAAUGUAAAUCGGCCCUGGCAUAUCACCAUGGAAUCGGCACAUCUCGUGUAUGGUUUGGCGGUGUCGAUGCUUGGAUGUGUCUGUUUCCGGGCGGUUUCUGCAGCUGAUAUGAUGGGGCUCCGUCUUGCAGACGGGCGUUACCCAAACGAAGGUCGUGUAGAGGUCCUCCCACCAGGAGAAGACUCGUGGGGAACCUACUGCUCCAACGAGAACCCAUUCCUUAUUGGCCGCGUGGCGUGCCGCCAACUCGGCUUCCCCGCCCUCCUGUCGGCAACCGCAAGCGGGGAGUUUGGCAAGGCCACCGGUCCCAUCUGGUUCCAGCUGAUGAUAUGUGGCCAAUUGCAGGAGAUGAUGACUCUAGAUGAUUGUUUGAAGUUAGGAUGGUUCCCGUAUUACGAGGUGUGCGAUCACAGGUUCGAUGUAAGCCUUACCUGCUUCACAGGGAACAUCCGCUUGGUCGGAGGUCGACGGGAGAGUGAGGGAAGAGUGGAGCUUCACGUUGGGGGAUAUGAGUGGAUGCUGUUAUCAUCCCGAGGGGGGACGAACUUUAUGUACUCCGACAGUGUCUGCCAGUACCUUGGGUACCAAUUCUCAGUUGGGGUGACACAAGAGCCAGCGGUUAACAACAACCAGAAGAUACUGUGUUCCUUCUCUGCUUGCCCGAUUUAUGACGGAUCAAGAGGCUUCUUUCAAUGCCUGGAUGAGCAAAGUAUGCAUCUCUGCCCAGAUAAGAACAUCACCUUACUCGGAGCAGUCUGCGCGACAGAAAAUGAUAUACUUCCUUCUGACGCUAGCGUUGAGUAUCGUCUAGGCCAUACCAGCAACGGAUCCCAAUACAUGGGCAUAGUGGAAGCCAGAUACAAUGGGUCCACUUGGGCAACACUUUGUCUGCAAGUUGUCAACGAAUACCGGGCGGGAGUUGUUGCUGACCAAGCAUGCCGUAGUAUUGGGUAUCCCUGGGCUUUCGUCUCAAAGCUGAUCCCAUACUCAGAGUCCCCUGGCUACGUCAACACCGGAGAGGAGCUGAUUAUGAGGGAAAUUUUCUUGGGUUCAUCUCUUGGUGAAGUACGAUGGGUACGAGGCCAGAACGCUUGCCAGCGUCAUCAAUAUGAACUCCUUCACGUCGAAUGUGAAACAGGUGUAACGAUGUACGGCCUGACAGUCUUCCCCUGUUCCAAACAAACGUGUCUUGGACGUUGUGGAAGUCCCGCUGACGACGAACUGUGUGGAUGUGAUGCGGUUUGUAUCCUGUGUGGCGACUGCUGUUACGAUUACAAGGAACGGUGCUCUCUCCACGAAGACCCGGACAACAACACAUCACUGUCCUUAGGCUCAUUCACUUGUACAAUGGUCAAUUGGGAUCGGACAGUCAUAGUAGACGGAUGUAGCCCAGGUUGGAAUGACACUGCAGUGGCUCUGCAGUGUGCCAAUAAUUCCUACCCAGGUCCGAUGAAAUACCAAGAAGGGAUGUUCUUCAAGAAUCUACACUGUGCCGAAUGUAACGGCUUGGCGAGCUCAUAUCUGCUAACUGACUCUAGUUUUUACUGGAUUGAUGAGUAUGAUGUAGGGAUCGGUGUAUGUCCUUUGGAUGAUGUGAACCCAGAGAUAGCUCUUGGAUGUCAGUCAUACUCUGCAAUUAUUAUCGAAACAUCUGGUUGGUUGAAGUACAAGAAUCCACACUGUGCAUACUGCAACGGAGUGAAUAUCUCUACCUUGGAUUACUGUCCGUUUGUGUUUUCGCACGUUUUGCCAGGCCAUAUUGAAGUGCUUUUAGGUAGGGUACCUGAACCGUGGGCACCCGAAGCAUCCACGAGUCUCCAGUUGCAGGAUGAAAUCAAGUGCUAUAACAAGCACUACCAACUACACGUACUGCCAACGUACAGAGUAAACUCUUCAGUGAUGGAGGUUACCCAAUGUUACCUGAACACACUCGGCUGGCAGAACAUUCAGCUGACAUGGCCUUUCUAUUCUUCGUUUAUCGAUCACCAACAGCAAGCACUUGAUGGAGAAAUGACAGAGCUGAUCACUGAAUAUGUCACUAAUAUCACAGAUUUCGAGGAAAUCUUGGACCUGACGGUCGUGCCUCCAUAUGAGGAAGGUAGCUCAAGGGAAUGGGUCGUCAGAUGUGGAGUUGAUCAGGUUGAUUUUGUGGAGGUAUGUGGUACAUCAGAGAACGUGACUAUCAAUGGAACCGUCAGUGAGUUGCAGUGUGAGCAUCUCGUGUUUACCGCUCGGGCAGCAGAUACUAGGGUGUUCAGCAUGGGUGGCGUCCAGGUCAUUUAUGUCGGUGGUGGAGUGCUCGUUGAAGCGAAGUCAGUUUCUUUCUUUCGUAGCUACAACUAUCAGAUGGCAGUCUUCAAUGGCUCAGCUAAAGACACCAGGGUAUCUGUAUGCGGACAAACGUUUGAGAACGACGAGUGCCGCCUACCCCAUGCUGGAGAAACAAAGACUGUGAGCACGGAAGACGGUGAACUAGGGCUGGAGUACAAAGGGAGGAAGUUUUUGCAAGACCAGGUAACUCGCCUGCCCGAUGGUUGGAUCCUCAUCUGCUCCAGUAUCUUCUCGGCUCCAAAAGAACCUUACAUUUCAUUCUCAGACCCACUUACUUUAGUGAACUUUAUCGGUUACUGUUUAUCCGUCGUAGCUCUCUUGGUAACUUUCACCAACUACUGUGUGUUCCCAGUUCUGAGGAACGUCCCUGGUGGGGCCAUCAUGAGUCUAACUGGUGCCCUGUUCUUGGCUCAGCUUCUGACCCUUACAGUAUUGGACAAGGCGGAGAACCAAACAUUCUGCAUCAGUAUGGCCGUCUUGAUGCACUUUCUAUGGUUAGCUACCUUCACUUGGAUGAAUGUUUUAGCCUUUGACCUCAUGAGGACCUUCACUUCCAGACAAGCUGCUCGUCCUAACAAGCGAGUCUUCUUCACUUACUGCCUGUACGGAUGGGGCUUACCGCUUCUGGCCGUCACCACGUGCCUCGUUAUCCACUUUGUCGACGGUCAGCAUGUUGGGUUUCAGUAUGGUGGAGAGCAAUCCUGCUGGGUGAUCGGCAAAUAUGCGGUGCUUGGUGCGUUUAUAGUUCCGAUGAUAUGCAGCCUAAUUGCUAACGCAGUCCUUUUUGGUUUGACAGUGCGUAGCGUGCACGCAUCGCUUGCAGCAGCGGCGAUGGUUCGGCAGGACAAAUCCAAAUCACAGGAGACGCUCGGAGAGCUGUGGAUUUAUUUCAAGAUAUCUGGUGUUAUGGGGUUCACCUGGAUCUUCGGGUGCCUUGGCAACUUCAUUGACCAUCAGGCCAUUUGGUACCUCUUCAUCAUCUUGAACUCGCUGCAGGGGGUCUUCAUCUUCAUAUCUUUCGGAUGCAACAUCCGCAUCCGGAAUCUGUGGAGGGGCAAACUGGGCAUGAAGUCGCGAAGGAAGAACAAGAAAGCUCAGAAUAUCUCCACCAUCUCAAGCAGUGUGACGCGUACCUCUGUGUGUAGUACCUCUGCCGAAAGUCGGGCUCAAACCAUGACGUCUGAUGAAGCCUCCAUAAGAUUGCAGGACCCACCGGUAUUGACUCAAAACUAAUAUUCGAAUUUUUAUAAACUAAAAAAAGUAGAGCUCAAUGUUACAUAAAAUAUUAGUAAGCCUUGCUCCUUUUUAAAAAAUGUAAUAAUGUAGACGUUUUAUUGUUGUUAAUCACUUUGGUGAUUAUCAUUUUUUCACAUUGUGAUGAUAGUUCCCUAUUUCGGGUCUAAUAUUACGUACAUAGCAUAAGCAGUAAUUCAGCACAGCUCGAAAUAUUCAAUGGUAAAAAUGGUUGAUAGUGUGUUUUGGUUAAAUGUCAUUUGUGCACAUAAGAUUUUACAAAAUAACGUUGUACGAAGUCUACACGUGUCUCUGGAAAAGUAUCACGUGUCUUUCUUUUUAAAAUGUGAUGUGAAAGUGAUUUGUUAUAACGGAUCAAGCCUAAGAUAAUGCGCCUAUCAAUUGUUUCCCCCACCCCUUCCCCCCCCCCGG